UGUUCUGCUUCCACUUGCCCAUGGGUCCAUUCAGUGAAGAUGGCGAGCGGAGGUGUUUCUUUAGCUUCGCUGUGGACCGAAGUAAAUCGCUGCGGACAGAAUGUAGAUUACACACGAGCUUUGAAAGCUCUCACCAAGAUUUUACAUGAAAACAGAGAUGAUGUGACGGCUCUGCAAUGUAAAAUAGUUUGCCUUAUCCAGAAUGGGAGCUUCAAAGAGGCGCUGAAUGUCAUGAACACCCACUCCAAAGUACUCGGCAGUGAGGUUAUAUUUGAAAAGGCGUACUGUGAGUACCGGCUGAACAGAGUGGAAAGUUCCCUGAAGACCAUCGAAGCUGCUCCCGAACAGACAGACAAGCUGAAGGAACUUUACGGCCAAGUGUUGUACAGACUGGAGCGCUACGAAGAGUGCAAGUCUGUCUACACAGAUCUGAUCAGGAACUCUCAGGAUGAGUAUGAGGAGGAGAGGAAGACCAACCUUUCUGCUGUGGUGGCUGCUAUGAGUCAGUGGGAGAAGACGCAGAUGGAAGAUCUGGGUCUUCCUGAGUCAACAUAUGAGCUCUGUUAUAACACUGCCUGCGCUCUGAUUGGCCAAGGACGACUAACAGAAGCCUUCAAUAAAUUACAACAAGCAGAAGAGCUUUGCAGAGUCUCUCUGGCAGAUGAUUCUGAUGUGACUGAAGAGGACAUUGAGUCGGAGCUGGCGGUCAUCCGCUCUCAGAUGGCGUACAUAAUGCAGCUCCAGGGUCGGACAGACGAGGCUCUGCAGCUCUACAACCAGGUCAUCAAGCUCAAGCCGUCGGAUGUGGGGCUGCUGGCUGUGACGGCCAACAAUAUCAUCACAAUAAACAAGGACCAAAACGUGUUCGACUCGAAGAAAAAGGUGAAACUGACGAAUGCUGAAGGAGUUGAAUACAAGCUGGCGAAGAAGCAGCUGCAGGCCAUCGACUUCAACAAAGCCCUGCUGGCCAUGUACACCAACCAGGCCGACCAGUGCAAGAAACUGUUGUCCAGUCUGCAGUCUCAGAAUCCAGGUCACCCACUGCCGGUCCUCAUCCAGGUGGCCCAGCUGUGCCGGGAGAAGCAGCACAGCAGGGCCAUAGAGCUUCUGCAGCAAUUUUCUGAUCAAAAUCCAGAGUGUGCGUCCCGCAUCAAACUGACCAUGGCACAACUCUAUUUAGUUCAAGGUCAUGUAACAAAAGCUUGUGAUGUCCUGAGGUCCAUUGAAGAAUUCAAGCACAAAGCAGGGAUGAUUUCAGCUUUGGUGACGAUGUACUCCCAUGAAGAAGACAUUGAUGGCGCUAUUGAUGUUUUCAGACAAGCAAUAGAACAUUAUCAAUCCGAACAGCCCGGAUCUGCUGCACACUUGGCGCUUGUGCGAGAAGCUGCAAACUUCAAACUGAAGCACGGGCGGAAAAAAGAAGCCAUUAGUGAUUUGGAGCAGCUGUGGAAACAAAAUACAAAUGACGUCCACACGCUGGCACAGCUCAUCUCUGCUUAUUCUCUGGUGGACACGGAUAAAGCCAAAUCCCUCAGCAAGCAUCUACCAUCCGCAGACACCAUGUCUUUCAACGUGGACGUGGAUGAGCUGGAGAACUCCCAUGGUGCCACAUACAUCAGGAAAAAAGCUGCUAAAGUCACGGGAGAAAAUCUUCCCAAAGAGCCCGGUCAAAGUGAAAUCAAAAAGAAGAGGAAGAAAAAGAAAGGCAAACUGCCCAAGAACUACGACCCCAAAGCAACUCCUGACCCUGAGAGGUGGCUUCCCAUGAAGGAGCGCUCUUACUACAGAGGAAAGAAGAAGGGCAAGAAGAAGGAGCAAAUUGGAAAAGGCACACAAGGAGCGACAGCAGGAGCUUCAGCCGAGCUGGAUGCCAGUAAGACCGCUAGUAGCCCCCCCACUUCCCCGAGACCAGGGUCUGCGUCUGGCUCAUCUGCAGCUGCCGCUGCCCCCAGUGCAGUUCCUCCACGACAGCAGAAACCCUCAGCGUCUGGAGCCACCCGCAAAAAAGUACCACAGAAGAAGAAGAAAGGCGGCAAAGGUGGCUGGUAGAUUGUGAGGAAGAACACCUUCAACUAAAAUCAGGAGCUUUUUAUUUUAAAUUCAUUUGUUUUUUUGUUUGUUUUUUUUUUCUCCUGUUCAGGACAUUUAUUCAAGCAAAACCAAAAUGUACUCUUCACUCUUCUCCACCUUUUGAUUUGUUUUUUUUUAUGUGCAAAUGAAGUACAGAAGGAUACAGGAGGAAAUUUAAAGGACAGUUCCACUAAAAUAUGCUUUUUGUUGCUCUGUAAAAAGUGAUAUAAACAGUGCUUAUCAUUUUAUUUAGCUGUAACCUUUUAAAAUCUGACUCAAAUGAACAAAAACACUACAGAACUAACUUAACAGUAUAUUUGAAAAGUGAUGCUUGUGUAUUUUUCCAUCAGUAUAUUACAGUUAUGUGUUUUUCAGUUUAUGUAAAAGACAGCAACAAAUGUCUCAUGAAAUGUCUAAAUGGAUUAUAAAUGUCAUCUAAUAAAAUUCAAAUUACAUUUUUAAAAUCAUAUCAGUUAUUUAGACACUUAAUUGAAGCAAUUUUCUGUUCUUCAUUUUUAAAUACUUUUUUUUAAACUAUAGUUUUCAAACUAAACAAUGUGAAUGGUUUAAAAAAGCAGAUUAUUCAGAGGAACUUGAAGGUAGGAUUUUAGGGAGAUUGUCCUUUAAGUUGUUAGACUCCACGCUGUCUGCUCCAUUUUUCAUUUAAAUGUCCUCUUAUUUUCAGUGGGCUGUAGUGAAGGCGGGUUUCAGUUUUGAAUCUAUCUGUAUGAAUUCAGUUAAAUAUUUUCACUGUAAGAUGCAUGAUGACUGAAGAAUAAUUUGGCCAGACAAGUCAUAUUUUGUUAAGUCUUAAUAAAAUUCUGAACAGCUA